AUGUACAACAACCCCAUCAUCCCCGGGUUCAACCCGGACCCCUCCAUCAUCCGUGUCAACAAGGACUACUUCCUUGUCACCUCCUCCUUCGAGUACUUUCCCGGGGCACCUAUCUACCACAGCACAGAUCUCAUCCGCUGGUCAUUGAUCGGCCAUGCCUUGACAAAACCCAGCCAGCUGCAGAUCCACACCCCCGAGCCGGGAGGCGGGAUCUGGGCAACAACUCUACGCUACCACAAGGGGACCUUUUACAUCAUCGCCGCCAGUUUCGAGCGUUACCGCCCGCAGGAGGACGACCGUGUCUGGCCGCGAGGCUUUUACGUCAAGACAGAGAACAUCUGGGACUCGGACUCGUGGUCUGAUCCCGUGUAUUUCGACCAGGUCGGGUUCGACCAGGAUCUCUUCUGGGACGACGAUGGAACGGUGUACCUGUCAUCAACAUACCGCAAGCUCGUCCGCACGCCCGGCGCAAAUAUCAAGGAUUUCGCAAUCCACAUCGCAACCGUCGACCUCGAGACGGGCAACUCCACCUCCGAGCCGAGGCUGAUCCGCGAAUCGGCCUCGGGGGUAGCGGAGGGCUCGCAUAUCUUCAAGCGGGGACGGUACUACUAUCUCUUCACGGCGGAGGGGGGCACCGAGAGCGGGCACUGCGAGUGGGUUUGUCGGAGCGAGGUCAGUCCGUUUGGGCCGUGGGAGGUCGGGCCGUGCAAUCCCCUGUGGCGGAAUGGGGUGGACGACGAGGUGCAGAACACCGGGCAUGCGGAUCUGGUCGAGGACGCGGAGGGGAACUGGUGGGCGGUGUUCCUGGGGGUGAGGCCAGUGUGGAAGGAUGGAGUGUGGGAGGAGUCGGUUUUUGGUCGGGAGACAUUUCUCGUUCCGAUGGAGUGGAAGAACGACUGGCCGGUUAUUAACGGCGGGCAGAAGGUUACUCUCAAGUCUGGGCCGGGGCUUUAUGAGUAUGAGCCGCCGGUGGCCUGGAGGGACGACUUUUCCAGUCCCAAGCUACAGCUGGGCUGGUAUAGAAAAAAUACACCGGUGAAAAUCGACUACUCUCUUACCGAGCGUCCUAACCAUCUGCGGCUGCUCGGCGGACCAUACAACCUCUCCUCACCGGCCUGCCCAACUCUCUUCCUAAGGAAGCAAUCUUCCCGUCACUGUACCUGGGAGACCCGACUAUCCUUCCAACCCUCGUCCGUCCAUGUAGAAGCCGGCACGGUAGUCUACUGGAACUACUUCACACACAGCUCGAUCGGCAUCCGACUAUCCACUGCUGGUCAGCGUAUCGUACGCUUUCGACCGGCAGAAGGCGAGCCCAUUGACCGGGAGGUGGGCCCCACCUCCGACAUCAUCUUCCUGAUCGAAUGCGGAGACAGGUAUCGGUUCGGAUACAAGGAGGUCAGCGAGGGAGUCGAAUCACCGACGCAGUGGAUCGGUGAGGUUGCGAAUAGCGUCAUGACUAGAGCACCUCCUGUCGGGGCGCCGUUUACAGGCAUGAUGCUGGGAUUGUACAGUUAUGGCGAGUUGCAAAAGUGUCUCUCUCCCGCUGAUUUUCAUUACGCUGAGUUUCGGUGA